AUGGACUUCCCCAUAUUUACUUCGGCUCAGUCUUACGUUUAUGUUGAAUUUGCAUAUCCAAUCAAACGUACUAAUUUGGAUUGUGAGAAGUGCUGGAAAAUAAUUAUAGGCAUUUCUCGAGGGCUUCUUUACCUUCAUGAAGAUUCUCGACUUCCUAUUCUUCUCAAAACUAGUAACCUCUUAGAUUCAGAGAUGAACCCAAAAAUUUCAGAUUUCAGUAUAGCAAAAACCUCGAUCAAACUGAAGACAAUACGAGUAGAAUCAUGGGGACCUAUGGGCAUAUGGCUCCAGAGUCCAGAGUAUGUACUGCAUGGACAAUUCUCAGUGAAGUUUGAUGUUUUUAAUUUUGGUGUCUUAGUUCUAGAGAUAGCAUGGAAAAAUUGGAGGGACGGAACAACUUCAAAUGUUGUAGAUCCAACAAUAUUGAAUGGGGGUGGAACAUCUGAAAUAAUGAUCAGACGCAUUCACAUUGGACUAUUGUGUGUUCAAGACAAUGUAGCUAACAGGCCAACCAUGGCCGCUGCUGUACUUAUGCUUAACACUUCAUAA